GUGAACAUUUCUCAAGAAAUCGCGAAGGAGUUAGCGGAAAAUGCGAAGGCUAUCGCUUCGCCAGGAAAAGGCAUUCUCGCCGCUGAUGAAUCAACUGGUGGGCGGUUACAGUUGCCUAUCUGCUCAGCUAUCUCAGUAGAGAAUACAGAGGCCAAUCGAGCAGCUUAUCGUGAUCUGCUUUUCACAUCCAAGGGAAUUGGGAACUACGUUAGUGGGGCAAUCCUGUUUGAGGAGACACUGUUCCAGAAGAGCCCAUCAGGCACACCUAUGGUCCAGCUCUUGAAGAAUGAAGGUAUUAUUCCGGGUAUCAAAGUCGACAAAGGCCUAGCUACACUUCCAGGAACAGACGACGAAAAAGCAACGCUGGGUCUAGACGGACUCGCCGAAAGAUGCCAAGACUAUUAUAAAGCCGGCGCGCGCUUUGCCAAGUGGCGUGCUGUCCUCAGUAUUGACCAGGCAAAAGGCAAACCGUCGAACUUAUCUAUCCUCGAGGUUGCUCAUGGCCUCGCUCGCUACGCGGCAAUAUGCCAAGCCAACAGAUUGGUGCCAAUCGUUGAGCCUGAAAUUCUAACGGACGGGAACCAUGACAUCUCCGUGUGUGCGGAGGUAACGGAGCGGGUGCUCGCGGCGGUUUUCAAAGCUCUCAGUGAUCACCAUGUUUUGCUAGAAGGAGCACUGCUCAAACCAAACAUGGUGACACAGGGUUCUGACUGUCCCACGAAGGCCACACCUGAAGAGGUUGCCUUCUACACCGUGCGAGCCCUCAGACGCACCGUGCCACCCGCUCUGCCCGGCGUCAUGUUUCUUUCUGGCGGCCAGUCAGAGGAAGAGGCCUCUGUAAACUUGAACGCAAUGAACAUGAUGGGACCACAUCCCUGGGCUCUAUCAUUCUCUUACGGCCGAGCACUGCAAGCUUCUUGCCUCAACGCAUGGAAGGGAAAACCCGCGAACAAGGACAAUGCUCAGAAAGUCCUUCUUGAACGAGCAAAAGCAAACAGCGAGGCUCAGCUUGGAAAAUACCAAGGUGGUGCUGGUGGAGCUGCUGCCGCUUCUUCUCUGUAUGAAAAACGUUAUGUAUACUGA